GAGGGAGGUGUGCAACACUUCCUGUCCUCGCAUGCUGAUGUGCGUCUGGCAGCGCGCUCGCUGUCAGUGAAGAGCCCGACGCAGCGGAACAGGAUGCAGGCGAUCAAGUGUGUGGUCGUGGGAGAUGGAGCGGUGGGAAAGACAUGUCUCCUGAUCAGCUACACGACCAACGCGUUCCCCGGGGAGUACAUUCCCACCGUGUUUGACAACUACUCGGCCAACGUGAUGGUGGACAGCAAGCCGGUCAACCUGGGCCUCUGGGACACAGCUGGACAGGAAGACUACGACAGGCUCCGCCCCCUGUCCUACCCACAGACGGACGUCUUCCUGAUCUGUUUCUCCCUGGUGAGCCCGGCGUCCUACGAGAACGUCCGAGCCAAGUGGUACCCGGAGGUCCGUCACCACUGCCCCUCCACCCCCAUCAUCCUGGUGGGCACCAAGCUGGACUUGAGGGACGAGAAGGACACCAUUGAGAAGCUGAAGGAGAAGAAGCUGGCCCCGAUCACCUAUCCUCAGGGCCUGGCUCUGGCCAAGGAGAUCGAUUCGGUGAAGUACCUGGAGUGCUCGGCUCUGACCCAACGCGGCCUGAAGACGGUGUUCGACGAGGCCAUCCGGGCCGUCCUCUGUCCUCAGCCCACCAAGGUCAAGAAGAAGCCCUGCUCGCUGCUCUGAGGAUCAGAAAAGAAGACCUUCAGACCUUCAGACCUCCAGACCUUCAGACCUGAGGUUGAAGAUGUCAGAGUUUUGUUAUGUUUCUAAAAGAGUUUCACAAUAUGAAAUACAUUUUGCUUUUUCAGUUCUGAUAAAUGGGACUAGAUCUUUCUUCACAUCAAGCUUCAUAGCAGCAAUAAAUCCCUAAAUGAGGAUUUACUGCCCCCCUCCACAGAUUCACAUUGUUGUUCAAAGGUCAGCUUCAUGUAAUUCGGGUGGGGGGGGGGGGGCUUCUUAAAGGUAUUAUUUGGUACUGAGAUCAAAGUGUUAUAGUCAGAUUGGUUCAUAACGUAUUUCUACUGGAUCAGAAAUGUAGUUUUCUAUGAGCAGGAAGAUGAACAAUGUUGUACCUGAAUAAGAGUUAUUUUUUGUUGUCAUAUUAAAAUAAAAUACAUUUCAUCAAGGAAAACCCC